AUUUUUUUAAAUUUAAAUUCAUUUAAUAAUAGCACAGUGGCUUACAUCUUGUUAGCCCACUAGUGUACAUGCAGCAGCAUCUCUCCGCUAACUAUGUGCUCCGUUAAGGCCUUUACGCACUGUAGUCGUGACAAAUUAACGACACGAAGAUGCGACAUACUCGCCCACGGAUAUAAAAUAUUCACACCUGCAGCGAUGCGAUAUCCUCCUGAUGUUUAUUAAAAGGUUCAAACAGAUUCGCGUCAGCUCAUUCUUCAGGGGGAAAAAAAAUGAUGGAGCAUCAUCCAGUGUUAUCCUCGUCCUCCCGGUCCUCCUCGCUUAGCCAAAAAAAGAGAUUUUAGGUACAUCUUAUUUUACCAGGCAGAGAAAAAGAAAGGUUUCCCACCUACUCAUACGGGAGCUGACGCUUUACCGUCGGUUCCGGACAUAGCACAUCUCAGAGUUCCUUCUGGUGGUGCUAGCGUCGCAUCUGAGGAGGAGGACCACCCGAGAUCACACUGACCCAGAGCAGCGUCUGACAGUCCGAGAGCCGGAUGCAUUGCUGAGAAUGUUUCUGGCAGUCUUAGGCAGCGCUAGGGAGAUCCCUCCUGACACAGCAGACUGGAUCUGCAAAGACACCUGCACCCUGACAAACUACCCCCACGGAACAGCUGGGAACCACAGCACUGAUGCUGAGGAUCAAGGUGCUGAUGAUGUGUGCUCCAGUAGCAGGGCGUCAGCUGUGGCGUAGGGUGUGUGGGUUAGGUUUCGUUCACCUCGCCUGCUGGCCAAGUCUGAUGGUAAUACUGUAUGACCAUGUGUACCGCGGUCUCCCUUCACUACUCCAUGUAUAUAAUUUGUAAUAAAUUCCAUGUUCAGUUAUUCAAAAUUGAAGAUAUACUAUGUAGCAUUCCCACAUUAAAAAAUAGCUACGCCUUUAUUCAUUUUGUUUAGUUGUGUACUUACAUUAUCCCAAAUGUUCAAACAGUGUUCAAAUCUAAUUUUCUUCAAGCUAACGGUGUGUUUCAUUUGGUUGUCUGUCAUUGUAUUCUCCAGGAGAGAGUGAAAAAAGCGAUGUGAAUAAAACUUUCAAACAUUACUUUGUCUGUGAACAUUUCUGCCUGAGUCCUGUCAGAUAGGUUUUCACCAAGACAACUCCCGUGAUCUCACACUACAUUCGUUUCUUGUUUUGUUUUUAUGAAUGUUGAAAUUUGAAUAACAUGCUGAGGACAAAAAUCUUAUAUUGCAACUUCUAGUAAUAGUAAUAGAAAUAAGUUUAUUUGCAGUGAAUUCAUAUUCCUUAGCUUUUUUACUUUUCAAGUGAGGCCAGAAGUCAGCCUGUCGUUGAAACCGUGAGGAGAGGAGGAGGGAAAGCAGCUGGUCAGUGGAUGGGACACACUUACCGCAAAUGCUUUGGCAUGGAGUGCUAAAUUGUGGACAACUAACUUUUCUUUGUUCCUCAGCUGACCACAGAUGGCCUCCAUAUGGGGCAACGUCGUAACCCGCCCUACUCUGCUUCCGAUUGGCUUAUCCUGAUAUUAGCUGUAAUGGGCUGAUGAGAAGAAAAGAAUUUGAAUGACCUUCUCUUUGACCAAUAAGGAAGUGAAAUGAGUUCUUCAGAAGAGCUGCAACAGAUCGACGCAGACACAGUCAGUGUCAGAAGUCCUGGAAAUCUUUUGGUAGUCGAAAAAGGCAUUGGCCCAAUCGCGCCGCAGAGAAAGUACCAAUGUGAGCAAUGUGGGAGAUAUUUCGGCAACCCGAAUUCAUACACAAAACACCUGUGUAACCAUACUGGACCAUACAGCUGCGACCAAUGUGGAAAAAGUUUUAUUUUGUUAAGGAGUUACAAGGACCACCAGCGUGUCCAUAAUGGAGAAAAGUCAUACCAGUGUGAUCACUGUGAAAAGGGUUUCAGUCGCUUAAGUAAUUACAAGAGACAUCUGCGUGUCCACACUGGAGAGAAGCCACACCAGUGUGAACGAUGUGGGAAGAGCUUCCGUUUCUCAAGUGAUUUCAAAAGGCAUCAGCUUGCCCUCACGGGGGAAAAGCCACAUUCCUGUGAGCAGUGCGGAAAGUGUUUCUGCUGCUUAAGCGAUUACAAGAGACACUUGCUUGUCCACACUGGGACUCAGCCAUACCAGUGUGACCACUGUGAAAAGGGUUUCAGUCGCUUAAGUAAUUACAAGAGACAUCUGCACGUCCACACCGGAGAGAAGCAACACCGGUGUGAACAGUGUGGGAAGAGUUUCCGCUUUUCGAGUGACCACAAGAGACACCUGCGUGUCCACACUGGAGAGAGACCUUACCAGUGUGAACAAUGUGGGAAAAGUUUCCGUUUCUCAAGUGAUUACAAGAGACACUUGCUUGUCCUCACUGGAGAAAAGCCAUAUUGGUGUGAACAAUGUGGGAAGUGUUUCUGUUGCCUAAGUGAUCACAAAAAACACCUGCGUGUCCACAGUGGAGAGAAACCACACCAGUGUGAACAGUGUGGGAACAGUUUCCGUAGCUUAAGUGAUUACAAGAGACACUCAAGUGUCCACACUGGAGAAAAGCCAUAUUGGUGCAAGCUAUGUGGGAAGCGUUUUCGUUGUUUAAGUAGUUACAAGAGACACCUGCUUGUCCACACUGGUGAGAAGCCUUACCAGUGUGGACACUGUGAAAAGGUUUUCAGCCGUUUAAAUAAUUACAAGAGACACCUGCGUGUUCACACUGGGGAGAAGUCAUACCAGUGUGAACACUGUGAAAAACUGUUCACUGAGUAUAGUGAUUACAACAUACACCUGCACACCCACACAGGUGAGAAACCAUAUGAAUGUGAACAAUGUGGAAAGAGAUUCACUCAUUUAAGCAGUUACAAUCAGCACCUGCGUUGCCACACUGGAGAGAAACCGUACUGGUGUUCUCGUUGUAAAAGAUUAUUUGCUUGGCCAAAAUCCUUGAAGGUACAUCGUUGUGUCGAUGUGGAGGAAGAGACUGUUGACUGAGUAUGGUAGUAUCCUGUCCCUCUUGUUCCUCACCCACCUCCCCUGGACCCACAUGAACCCACCAUGUCUUUGUUGUCCCCGGAGUCAGAGUCCUGGUUGGAGCUGCUGUAAAUCACCUUGGUGCUGUAUUCCCUGUCGUCAUACUGGCCUCCUUUGAAACAAUUCUCCACACACAUUUACAGUUAAGUUAUGUGUAAAAAGACACUGAGAGGCCUGCCUGUGUUGAAUCUGAUGGCUCAUUGGUGUUUCCAGCUCUUGUUGCAAACCUGUUUUGAAACUGAUUAUUUGUAUUUAUUGCGAGCAACUGGAGUACUUAGACUUCUCAUCCAUUAAUAUCUACAUACACAUUUUUAGCCUCAUGUACACGUUUCUGGAUCGAUGUACUCAUUUACAAAUUUGUCUACACAGUCUCAGUGCACUUGCAAAAAGUAAUAGCUCUGUAGAUGCUUUUUCCACAUUCAGAAAUUACAUGAAAAAGAUUACACGCACGGGUUCUGAUUGCACAUUUGCAAAUUCCCGUCCACAUUCACAAAUCUCAAGUACGCGUUUAGAGAUUCUUUUACUCAUUUACGAAUCUGAUUACACACAUACAGCUUGAGAUACAGUUACACAAUUCUCCACUCACAUUUAUAAAUAGUUUUACCGUAAUCAAGGCCCUAAAAGAUGACACGUGAAACCAGUGAACUUCUCAAAGCAGCAGACAUGUUUGAAUUCUGAGUUGGUUAAUUGACUCGGAUCCUAAAAAUAAUCUCAGUUUCACGAAUCCCCUUCUUCAUUAAUCUGUUGAGUCCUUGGCUACACUGCACUCAAAGUCAAAGACAAAGUCAGCUUUAUUAUCAGUUCUGCUAUAUAUACAGGGUAUACAGAGGACGGACUGGUGAUAUAUAAGUCUUACAAUAUUGCCCAGGAGGGGGGUCCAGUCUUCAUGAUGGCAGAGAACAGAGGGGAUGGAGAGGGAAGAGUGUUUAGCUUCCUGACAGUCUGGUGAACGAAGCUCUCAGUCUUGAAGUGCAUGCCUGGAAGCUCCAAGAUCUCCUCCCAGAUGGCAGGAGGCUGAAUAAGCUGUGUGAUGGGUGAGUGGGGUCCCCCGCAAUGCCGAGUGCUUUUCUGGCUAGGUGUGUUUUGGAGAUGUCCAGUAGGGAGGGGAGAGAGGCACCAAUGAUGUUUCCUGCUGCAUUCACUAUGUUGGAGGUGGUACAACUUCCAAACCACAUGGCGAUGCAGCUGGCCAGGACACUCAAUGGUGCAUAUGAAUACAAAAUCCUAUGUGCCAUUCAUAAUCUUCCCCAUUCGUUCUAAGUAGUUAGUAAGAAACUGUUGCAACCUCCUGCGUUCUGCCAGUGUAAAGUCUCGGCUACAGUCAGGAGUCAUGUGGAUCCAGGUGUGUGUGGUGCUGUGAGUCCCUCACACUCACUCUGGUCAGCCUGAUCCAACUGAUCCAGACGGAGAGGGGCUAUGUUUCUAGCCAUGCGCCAAGCUUUUUUUUAAUCUGACUCCGUUGGACACAUGCCACAUGCAUAUAGACUAGAGACAAGCCAAUGAAGAAAACAUCUUGAUCAGUGUAAUAACAUGCAUUUAGGAAUCACGCAAAUACAAACAACACAUCUUGUUACACAAAACCACAGCAAAUACAGAUAACGACAAUGGUAUUUUUUCCCAGACGACAAGGCUUGAACACACACACGCACACACAGCAGUCUCUUUCUGUGCAUAGCAGAGCAGCAGCAUGACUUAAGUUCACAAACAUAAACUGAUGAUACAUGGACUUCGGUGACUUCAUGAGCUGUAGCAGCAAUAGCCGUGUCUAAACAGUGUUCUGCAUAGUUUUCCAGUGGAAACACCUCUGUUGACUUUUUUAGAGUAUUCUGUAUUUUGUUGUGUUUUGUACAUUUGCAGCAUACAGUAUUUCCUAAAUGCUGUGCCUAUGUUGACAAAUAUGCUUUAUUUAGUUAAGUUAAGAUGUUUCUCUGCCACUGUAGAAACGCAUGUGACGGGGUUUUCUGUACUUCUCAACCAUCUGACAAGCAUUUCUAAUGGAAUAUACAGAAUAAUUGACAAGCAUACCAGCAAUUAGCCAGUUUUAAUGUGCCACAUGUAUACUUUAUAAUUUAGCAAAUGAUCAUUAAGAUUUAGGACAGAAGCAUACCUUUCUUGUCAGAUAAAAAUGAGGCCAGUAUAGUCCUCAAGCAUAUGUAGACCAGCCUUAUAGUUGCAAUGUGUAAAUCAAGAACAGUCCCACUGGGCUAAAUAAAUAAAAUUGCAUUGUCUUACCUUAA